AUAGAUGAUAUCGUAUUCCCUCCCCCUCUAUUGAGACAGGGCUUGUUACUUGUGAGAGUGUGCAUAUCUGCAGCUGGAGUAAGUUGGCCAAAUAGCUCAGAAUUAUCAGCUAGGACUGAUAACAGGUCUCCAAAUUCUCAGGUAGGCUGUUUCCUUGUCUUGCUUUCUGAAAUCCCCAGAACACAGGGGAUGUGACCCGGGUGUCUUCCACACACAGUGUUCUGUAGCAGAGCCAUUAUCCUUCCCCAGAUGUAGAAAAUAGAAAAGCUUUUAAAAUGUGAGGAAGAAUGAGAUGAAAAUGCGCAAUAUUAUUAUAGUGCUGAAGUUUUCCUUUGAUCAGAACUCUGUUUAUCAAGAUGGGAAGGGACCCAUGUCCAACCCUAAUCAGCCUUUCAGACCAGCUGAAUUCUUUCUCAGGGUCAUCUGUGCUUCUAGCUAAUUAACUGGUUCUACAAAGCUAAACAACUACAUAUUCUAGACAUGGGUAACCAAGAUACAAUAUAUGGGAGGUGGAUUGUCCCCUAUUGAUAAUACUGUACUGCUGUGUUUUUUAUGAUACCCGCCCUCCAAAUUCUAAUCUUGUAAACAUACAACAUAUUAAACACAUCCAUCUAAGUGGGUUUUAAGGUUUGCUGAUAACUACCUCCAAAUCUUAUUCUGCCUGCCUCCCACAAGCAUCAUUCACAUGUGUAUCUAAACCUGAAAGGAUGUCCUUGGCCUAUAUAGUUGAUGUCCCAGCCUAGGAUAUCUCAAAUUCUCCCCUUGCGGUUUGCAGGGGAGUUGUUUUUCUAGGAUGAAUGCAGCUGUCUUGUGGGAGGUGGGUUUUUUUCCUUACAGUGUCCCAGAAAUAUAGGAAUAAAGGCAGAUCUAGAAGAGGUUCAUUUUGUCCUUCUUUGACUGCAUUCAUUGCCUCCCUCCCAUUUGCUUAUGGUCACUAGCUGACAGGAGUCAGUCCCAUCCCACACGCUGGAGCUUGCCAAGUCCUUCCCACCUGGGCCUGGAGGAGAGACACCAAAGCGGGCAAGCUGAGUUUACAUACCUAGACCAGGUGCUGCUGGAAAAUAGAUGGGGUUCCACAGCUUUCUCCUUUGGCUUUUUAUGCUGGGACAGCAAAGUAGGUCAAUGGAUGCACUGAGUAAAAACCGUAGCUGUGUCUCCUAUGGAUCCAAUGCUCUGACUGAGGGACUGGAGCACCUUCAUGGCUUAAUCUUGGAAGAUGGCCGCAAUGGCACAAUCCAGUGUCCUCACAACCAGUGCUGUUUUGGCAUCUGGGAACUGAACCAAGGACAACUUCAAGCCAAGAUGCAAGGUUGCUGGAUUAAUGAAAAGGAAGCCUGUGAUUCUCCAGCUUGUGAGUUUCAUUCUUCGGCUGCCAUCACCUUGUCCUGUAGGUGCCGCUCUGAUCUGUGUAAUGCUAACAUCAGCUACGCCAAGCCUGGAAACAGACCGGCUGAGUCCUUGUCUAGUCCCCUCAGGAUUGUCUGGAUCGCCGUCACCUGCCUACUGAUCCUCCUAUGUUUCUCAGCAUUUCUAGUUCUAAGGCAUUGGAAAGUUCAUGCAGUGCUACUAAGACCAAAAGAAACUGGAGAACUCAACAAGGUAACUACAGGCUCAGAACUAAAGGAUGAGAAAAAACUGCCCAGGCUAGAGGUUCCAGAUCUUCAAUUCAUUCAGCUUCUCCACGAAGGGCAACUUUCUCAACUGUGGCAAGGAACCUUCGGCCAGCAACCUGUGGCCAUCAAGGCAUUUCCUCCUUUGUGCCACCAACAAUUUGCAUCUGAGUGGGCCGUGUACAGCCUCCCGUUGAUGAACCAUGAAAAUGUGGCACGCCUUGUGACUGCUGGAUAUGGGGGACCAAGUGAAGAACAAGGUGGUCUCCUGGUACUGACGCUGUACCCAUUGGGAUCCCUACGGAACUUCCUCAGCCAGCACAUUUGUUCCUGGGAGAUCAGCAUCCGGCUUGGAUCAUCCCUUGCCAGUGGCCUUGCUUUCUUACAUGAGGAGAAAUGGAAGGAAGGCCUGCAUAAACCUGGGGUGGCCCAUCGUGACCUAAGUAGCCAGAAUGUGUUGGUGCGAGAAGACAGGACUUGCGUCAUAACUGAUUUUGGCCUUGCCAUGACACUCCCUCUGCGACACCAGCAGUCAGGAAAAGAUCCUGCAGAAGCCAUCAUGCACAAGGCAGGAGCUCAACGCUACAUAGCUCCCGAAAUUUUGGACGAGAACCUGAAUCUGCAGGAUGUGGGCUCUUCACUGAGACAAGCUGAUGUCUAUUCCCUGGCACUGGUACUGUGGGAGAUCCUGAUGAGAUGCUCUGCGCUUUUCCCAGAGAACAGCGUUCCUGCAUUCCAGCUUGCCUAUGAAGCAGAAUUAGGUAACAGUCCUACAUACAGUGAACUGCGAAGGUUGGUUGUUGAGGAAAGAAGAAGACCAAUUGUCCCACCAGCUUGGACAAGAUUUGGGCAAGUAGCUAUUUCCUUGCAAGAGCUCCUGGAAGACUGUUGGGACCCUGAACCAGAGGCUCGUCUGCAAGCCGAGUGUGCCCUGCAAAGGCUGCAAAGGCUAGGCAUUGAGGAUCUGGUGAAAGAGUGCUGAGGUCAAAGCAUUUUAGGCUUUCCACUCAGAUUUGCUUGGACAUUUUUGCUUAGAAGAACUUUAUGUUUGGCUGAGAACAGCAAGAGGCCUUUAAGAGAAGUCCAUCCAGGUCCAUUUUCUCAAUAGGACCCUACUGGGACAUUGUCAGUGUGGAUGCAUUUUUGUAAGUGCUGUCUACUAAAUCAACUUGAUUUGCAUUUGUUAACUACUGUUAGGGGGGAGACCUAUACCAAACCUUUGUAGGAAGUCAGCAUUCCCCCCUCCCCAGAGAAUGAAAUAUUUUGGCAGAUAUUAAAAGAGGCAGAAUAUUAUAUUUCCCCAAAGGAAUAAUGGAGAAAAAUCUUAAAAGGCAGAAACCAGUCCCCCUACCCCAAGUGGAAAUUCAGGAAACCAGCUCUUUAGAAAUGCAGAUUUGGGGCACACCAUUCAUAAGCAAAAUGCCUUCAGCCUCCACAGCUCAUGGGAUUAAGAAUUUACAUUCCCCCACCCAAAAUCUAAAGAACAUGACCUUUAGGACGUAAUAGGAUUAAUCCUAAACCCUCUUCAGACUGAGCAAAAGACACAAAAGCCCACCUCAUUGCACAACCCAGAAACAUUUUCACUUCAAAGUCUCAGAGCCCUAUAAAGAUCCAUCCACUCUCAACUCCAUUGGGCAGCUGUCCCAGAACCACAUGCUGCUGGUGGUUCUGCUCAUCAAUAAAUUGGAAUCAAUUUCUAGGCAGUCUCCAUUUUUAUUUCCAGCAUCUUAGCCUCCAUUUUAUUUACCCCCAGCUUGGAACUGGAUCUGAUGGGUUUUUUUUCAACACCUUUGACCCUGGAAUUUUCAUAAUUUCAGUUCCUCUUUUUGGAACCUUAAGCACCCUUUCUUCAAAAAAUAACUCCCAGUGAACCCAAUGGGACAUUUCUGAAUACGUACUAUUUGCAUGGUUUACAGCAUGGGUUGCCCGGAUGCAAAAAUUAGUUUUAAGUGAAGAAUUCAGAUUCCUAAGAAAGAUUCUUAUCUGGAAUCGCUGAGAAUUAUGGAGGUGCAGUCCAACACAUCUAAAAGUCAUACAGUUGGAAAAGAUUUAUUCUCUUCCACUGGAAAAAAAAAUUCAUUCUUCUGCCUGCCUCCAGCUCAAUGCCUCUACACCUUCUUUUUACAAUAUUUUUUUACAAAAGUUUUGUUCAAGAUUGUUUAGGAUUAUAUGUCCUAACUGAUAGAGGGACUGUCAUUAACUUGAUGCAUUUUUGGUCUGAUGGGCUGUCCAGUCUAUGCCUGUUUUAAAAGGAGAGAAGGAAAGAAGAGGGUCUUUAAGCAGACCAUCCAGAGGGAGAUUGGGAGGGAAUCAAAUCACCUGGUCACCUCUUAUAUUUGUACUAUAUCUGUAAAUCUUUUUUCUUUCACCCAGGUUUAUAAAGAAGCACAUUCAGGCAUGUUUAUUUCUUAAUUCUUUUGUUGUUUGGGGAUUUUUUUUUCUUUUUUGCCAUGUAUUCUUUUGUGGUUCCUUCUCUUUUCUUUCCUAUUUUAUCUAGCUUUUGUAUUAAAAAUAAAAACUUCAGCCAAGACUGGUUUUAGUUUAUUUUUAUCUCUCCAGAAUGUAAUCUGAGGUCAGUGUUGAACAAAUAUAUCACUAGUAAUCUAAGGUUUACAUUGAUUUAAAACAAGCAUAUCCCUCGCUGCCAUUAAGAUGCUCACAAGAAGACAACAACAUAAGUGUGUCAAUUUUAACACGAAAACCGUAAUAAAAACAAUCAUGAAAAACAAAAAAACCCCAUUUUUAAAAAAUAAAAAUUAGGAAAUUUAUGACAUUCACAAUUUGAUAAAUCAGUCGGUGAAAGAGUGGUAGGAAGGGGAUGAAGGAAUUCCUCCGUGAACCUGUCCUCAUUCCAGAUAUUUUGGGACUACCAGUUCCAUAAUUCCUAGCCAGGUUUAGGGAAUACACUAAGUUGGGAGUGUUUUUCCAUAUCCUAGUUGAAGACAAGAGAGCCAAUGGAAUGGAGAGGUUCAUGUAUUCAAGAUGGGAUGGGGAGACACGUUUAACCAACUGAGGUUACUCAACAGGGCAGCUGUGAUGGAGCCUUUGAGAAUCCAGAGAUAAAGAGAGAAUAAACAAAAUGAACAGAAUUCAAAUAUCUAACAGGGGCAGGCAACUUUGGCUUUUAUGACUCGUGGACUUCAACUCCCAGAAUUCCUGAGCCAUUGCCUACUCCUGAUCUAGCAGAUUUAACGAGAGGACACACCCAGUACAGGUAGUCCUCAACUUACAACAGUUCAUUAAGUGACCUUUUGAAAUUACAAAGGCACUUAAAAAUGUAACUUAUGAACGUUUUUCACACGACCUUUGUAGCAUCCCCAUGGUCCCAUGAUCAAAACUCAGAUGCUUGGCAAUUGGUUCAUAUUUAUGACGGUUGCAAUGUUCCGGGGUCAUGGGAUUAUCUUUUGCCACCCAUUGCCAAGCAAAAUCAAAUGGGGAGGCCAGAUUCUCCUUAACAACGGUGUUACUCACUUAAGAACUUCAGUAAUGCACUUUAACAACAGUGGCGAGAAAGGUUGCAAAAUGGGACAAAACUCACUCAACAACUGUCUCGCUUAGCAACAGAAACGUUGGGCUCAAUUGUAGUCGUAAGUCGAGGACUAUCUGCAGUGUGUCGAGGGUACAAUGUAGAGCAUCCAUCUAGCUGUAAACCCAGCAUGGCGUUUUUGUUGUAAACCUUGCAGUAACCAAAUGUGCAAGAUAGAUGGCAGCUCUGGGAGUUUGAGGCACUAGCAUAUGGGGCUGGAUUACCUUGACUUAAAGUACGCUUUUGAGAUAAGGCAGCA